ACUAACUGUCAAAGUCAAAGGCACUAAUAAAUCAUGUGUGUUUCUCCGUUUCUCCUUCUCGGAAAAUGAUUAUUAAAAGUGUCUAAUCGGAUUUAUUGCGUAAAUUAAUCAUUUCUCGCUUGGUCGAUGUUUUUUAUUUUAAACAACUCGGUUUUUAGCAAUUCAUGACCAUGAAGCCAUCCUUUGCAUCAACCCUAUCUGGGCUAAAUUCCGUCGACCCCGACUCUAUACAGUUUUUGAUGUACAAUGAUGAAGAAAUCAAAAAACUCAGUGUUGUCAAGAUCACCAACAUGAAUUCUUUUGAUGCAAUGGGAAACCCAACUCCUGCAGGUUUGUAUGACUCACGCUUAGGGCCUGUCAGGGAAAGGUUCGAUUUAUGUGGGACCUGUGAAAAUCCAUUAUUACACUGCCCAGGACAUUUUGGACACAUUGAGCUCCCAGUAGUUGUUGUUAAUCAACUGUUUUUAAAAAGCAUUUAUACUAUAUUCAGAAUAAGCUGCCUUAAAUGUUUUAAAAUUCAGAUGGAUGAUAAAAUGAAGUUCUUAUUAAAACUGCAGCUGCAGCUUAUUGAUGCGGGACAUGUUACUGCUGCCUUAGAUCUAGAGAAUUACUCUGGUGAAGUAUCUAAAGUUGAUUCAGAGACUCGUGAACUAAAAACUACUAAAGUUAUCAGAAAGUACCAAAAAUUAUUAAAAAAGAAGGAUGCUGUGGCUGAAGUAUUUCAUAACAAAAAUACAGACAAUCUGAGAUCAAAAAUACUAAAUGGCUACUUUAAAAGUAUAAAUGUUGCGAAAAAAUGUGCUUAUUGUCAAAGCAAAUUGAUAAAAGUUACAACAUCUGAUGGAAAAAUAAUGUAUAAUUUGAGUGCUGAAGGUGCAUUUGGAAAGGGCAUAAAAAUAUUAAUGCCAGAUGAAAUAAAAAAAAUUUGCACAAAUAUUGCUGAAAAUGAUGAGGACAUUAUACGCCACUGUCUUCCUAUCCUGAACACUUCCAACUGCCAACCUGCUACUGAUUUAUUUUUCAUGACUGUAAUUCCCGUUAUUCCACCCUGUGUGAGGCCAUGCAAUGUAUUGCAAGGAGAAUUAACUGAACAUGCCCAGACCAAUAUUUACAAAGCAAUCUUGAAUCAUGCCUUUGGUGCUAGAAUUGUGUUACACGUUUUAGCUUCUGAAGACCAACAGAAAGCAAUAGAUGAGUUAGAUGCCAAGCCAAGAUAUACUUUCAAUAGUAUACAAGGUAGUGCACCAGCUGAAAAAUUACACAGUGUAUGGCAAGAGCUCCAAAAAAGUGUAAAUAAUCUUCUUAUUGGCGAUGCUUCUGGAGUAACCACAUUAGGGUUGAAGCAAAUUCUAGAAAAGAAAACUGGUGUAAUCAGAAUGCACAUGAUGGGUAAAAGAGUUAAUUUCGCUGCAAGAUCAGUCAUCACCCCAGAUCCGAAUGUUGAUAUAGAUGAAAUAGGUGUACCAGAUGCCUUUGCCAAAAAGCUUACAUACCCUGUACCAGUUACUGAAUAUAAUGUAGAUGAACUAAGAAAAAUGGUUAUUAAUGGUCCAAAUGUUCAUCCAGGAGCUGAAAAACUAGAAAUAGAAAAUGGUAGGACAAUAAGAAUUCCUCCUGAUUCAAUUCAAAAAAGAAAAAGUCUUGCUAAAAGACUGCUUACGCCAGAUGAAUACAAAACAUCAGGUCUUAAGAAAGUACAUAGACAUUUGAUAAAUGGUGACAUCAUGAUAUUGAACCGUCAGCCCUCGUUGCAUAAACCAAGUAUGAUGGCUCAUAGAGCUAGAAUUCUCAAAGGUGAAAAAACACUCAGGCUACAUUAUGCAAAUUGUAAGUCAUACAAUGCUGACUUUGACGGUGAUGAAAUGAAUGCUCAUUUCCCUCAAAAUGAAAUAGCAAGAAGUGAGGCCUUUAAUAUAAUGUCUGUAACGAAACAGUAUCUUGUUCCAAAAGAUGGUACACCACUAAGUGGUCUAAUUCAGGAUCAUGUCAUAUCGGGAGUAAGAAUGUCUUUGAGGGGUGUAUUUUUCUCAAAAUCAGAUUAUCAACAGCUUGUAUUCCAAGCUCUAUCUAAUCACAGAGGCGAAAUCAAGUUGCUACCUCCUACAAUCCUAAAACCUAGACAGCUGUGGUCUGGGAAACAAGUUUUGUCUACAAUUAUUAUUAAUACUAUACCAAAAGGAAAGGCAUGUCUCUCGAUAACUGGCAAAGCUAAAAUUAGUUCUAAAGCAUGGUUGAAGGCAAACCCAAGGACCUGGAAAGCUGGUGGGACACCUUUUACUAAUGAAAAUAUUAUGUCAGAGGCUGAAGUUAUCAUAAGAAAUGGAGAAUUACUUAGCGGGGUGUUAGAUAAAACUCACUAUGGUGCUACACCUUACGGUUUGGUACAUUGUAUGUAUGAAUUAUAUGGAGGAGACAGUUCUAGUUCACUUCUCAGCUCUUUUUCGAAAGUUUUUACAUUUUAUUUACAGUGGAUAGGAUUUACUCUUGGUGUAAAAGAUAUUUUAGUUGUUGACGAGUCUGACAAUAAAAGAGAUGAUUAUGUUUGUUUAGUUAGAGAUGCUGGGAGGGUUGCUGCCAUAAAAGCUACAGAAUUGCCUGUGGAUGUAGAUGAUAACAAAUUAAAAAAUGUUAUCGAGGAAAUGCAUACAAAAGAUCCGAAAUUUAGAGCAAAUUUAGACAGACAAUACAAAACCAUGCUCGACUCCUACACAAAUAAUAUUAAUAAAGUUUGCCUUUCGGAAGGUUUACUGGAAAAGUUUCCUAACAAUAACCUUCAGUUGAUGGUCCAAUCAGGGGCUAAAGGUUCAACAGUCAAUACUAUGCAGAUUUCCUGCUUGUUGGGUCAAAUUGAGUUGGAAGGUAAAAGACCACCUCUUAUGAUAUCGGGCCGCUCGCUGCCCAGUUUCCCUCCUUACGACAUCUCUCCCAGAGCGGGUGGAUUUAUUGAUGGCCGAUUUAUGACGGGAAUUCAACCACAGGAAUUCUUUUUCCACUGUAUGGCUGGUCGUGAAGGUCUUAUCGACACUGCCGUGAAGACAAGUCGCUCGGGUUACUUACAAAGAUGUCUGAUCAAACAUCUUGAAAGUUUGACUGUAGGAUAUGAUCAUACUGUUCGCGAUUCCGAUGGCAGUGUCGUUCAGUUUGCCUAUGGAGAAGAUGGUCUUGAUGUACUGAAAUGCCAGUAUCUAAAAUCGGAACAACUAAAAUUCCUUGAUGAAAAUUCGGCAGCCGUAAUUCCAGAAUCUGCUAUUAAUAUGUUGAAAGAAGAAGCAAAUCCGAAGGCUAUCAAAAAGGCACAAAAAUCUUUAAAGAAAUGGAAAAAGAAAUUUGGUGACCCACUACAAAAACAUAGGACAAGUGGUUUUCUGGAAUUUUGUGCUCAAGCUAAGCAGGACAUUGAAAUUGCUGAUAGACCAACGGAUCGGACUAGGGAUCCUUAUUAUUGGGAAUUGGAGAAAAUGUGGCGUACUUUAGAUUUAGACGACAGAAAACAAUAUGAACGAAAGUCUUGUCCUGAACCCAUACCUGGUAAAUUUGCACCGGAUUACAAACUUGGUGUGAUAACUGAACAAUUAGAUGGUAUAAUAAAAAAAUAUUUGAAUAAUCGCAAAAUCAAUAUUUAUGACACGUAUACGGAGAAUGAUAAGUUCGUGGAAGUAAUGAAUGCCAAAUAUUUGGCAUCCAUGGCGGCGCCAGGCGAGCCUGUAGGGCUGUUAGCUGCGCAGUCUAUUGGAGAGCCUUCCACUCAGAUGACAUUGAACACUUUCCAUUUCGCCGGUCGUGGUGACAUGAACGUGACCUUAGGUAUACCUCGUCUAAGAGAAAUUCUGAUGACAGCCUCUGCGAAGCUUAAAACUCCGAAUAUGGAUAUUCCAUUUAGAAGUGACAUUCCCGAUGUGCAGAAAAAAGCAGAGCGUCUACGACAAAAGCUCAACAGAGUCACUGUUGCGGACGUGUUAGAAAACGUGGAUGUGGAAUGUGAGUUAAUGACGCGGCCGGAAAGGCAAUUGAAGACGACGAUGAAGUUUACAUUUUUGCCUCACUCUCAGUAUCGUACUCAAUACGCUGUGAAGCCGCGGCAGAUCGUAAAACAUAUGGAGAACAAGUUCUUUGCCGAGAUGUUUACAACGGUGAGGAAGCAAGCGAAAGCGAGUGCAGGAGUGGUGUGGGCUUCAGAGAAGAAGAAAGAGCGGCGCACUGCAGCUGCCAGUGAUGAUGAAGACGAGGGAACGAGUCCAGCAGAAAAGAUUAACAUUGACGACAGCUCUGAUGAUGAAGCCCCUAACGAAGAUGACGACAAUACAGAUACUAAAAUUAGAAAGAAAAGAACUGAAGAACAAGAAUAUGAAGACCCUGAAUCAGAGGAAGAGGAAAAGUCGGAUGAUGAAGUGGAAUUGCGCGACGAACCAGAGGAGAAUACUGAGAAGACCCCAGAAAUCACGGCCAAAGAAAUGAAGGCUAUGAGCGACGUUGUCAACAGCAUCAAGGAGGCUAAAAAUUAUUCAUACGACACCAAAAACCAUCUAUGGUGUGAGCUGACAGUAAUGUUCCCGAUUUCAUUCCUAAGAGUUGACCUUUCUCAGGCAGUGCGUGACGCCGCAACGAAAUCGGUCAUCCACGAAGUCAAAAACAUCAAAAGAGCAAUCACUAAUAAAGAAAAGGACGUACUCUAUAUCAAAACAGAAGGGAUCAACAUCCUACAAAUGUUUAAAUACAACGCUUUGCUGGAUGUAAAUAAGUUGUACAGUAACGAUGUUCACGCUAUUGCGAAUACAUACGGCAUAGAAGCGGCUAACAAAGUGAUCAUAAAGGAAAUACAGAAUGUGUUCAAUGUUUAUGGGAUUGGCGUAGAUCCUAGGCAUUUGACGCUGGUAGCAGAUUACAUGACGUUUAAUGGAGUGUUUGAGCCGAUGAGUAGGAAAGGCAUGGAGGCGUCAACUUCUCCACUGCAACAGAUGUCUUUUGAGUCGUCUCUGAUAUUUUUGAAAGAAGCAGUUUUGAAUGCGAAGAAGGAUAAUGUUCGUUCGGCAUCUAGUUGCCUUAUGGUAGGACAGCCUUGUCGAUGCGGCACGGGCGCUUUCAGCUUGCAACAUUUUAGUGAAGUUAAGUAAAUAAUCAAGAAGUCGUUAUGGAAAUAAUUGUUUUAUAUGUACUGACUUAAAUCAGUAAAUAUUGUUAAAUAACU